AUGCCUACCAAAUACUAUGGCGACCGUCCACAGGCAUUCUCAAUCGAUGAAACCGGCGAACGUUAUUACAUCGGAGCCGAGGUUGGACAAUACAUGAAAUUCCAUCGUGGAUCACUCUACAAGAAAUUUCCCCAAUUAUGGAAACGUUUCGCAACAUUGGAUGAAAAAAGGAAAAUGCAAGAGAUGGCAUGUCCGUCGUCAUUUCUCAAUACCAAUAUUAUGCUCGUGAAAGCAAGCGAAGUAAGUUGCAUGUAUAAAAUUAAUUCGUUCGCAUUAUUUUGA